UUUCUGUUGUAAUGCCAAGUUCUGAUUUCUCCUACAACCAAAAAUGUUUGGAAGCCUGCUUCUCCUCGCCAUGUGUGGAUUUGCGUCGGCUGCUAUCAGUUCAGAACUGGAUAGACACUGGGAGCUAUGGAAGAAGAUGCAUAAGAAAGUCUAUGAUCACCAGAUUGAGGAGUUGGGUCGCAGGCGGAUAUGGGAAGGCAACUUGGAAAUGAUUAAUGUCCAUAACUUGGAAACCUCCCUGGGCUUGCACACCUAUGAGCUGGCAAUGAACCACAUGGGAGAUCUGACUUAUGAGGAGAUCACCAGUAUGCAGAUGGGCACCGUCGUGCCCUCCAACGUGGCGAGGGGUCCUUCCAUCUAUCCCACAGUGAACGCCUCUCUACCACCAACACUGGACUGGAGGGAUAAAGGCUUUGUAACUGAGGUCAAAAUGCAGGGUUCUUGUGGUUCUUGUUGGGCCUUCAGUGCAGUUGGAUCUCUGGAAGGGCAACUCAAGAAGUCUACAGGCGUCCUGAUGUCCCUCAGUCCUCAGAACCUGUUGGAUUGCUCUGUAAACUUCGGUAACAAUGGGUGUAGCGGCGGCUUCAUGUCAAAAGCCUUCCAAUACAUCAUUAAAAACCAAGGCAUCGAUUCUGAUUCUAACUACCCCUACCUCGGCAAGAGUGGUCAUUGCGAGUAUAACUCUCAUUACCGGGCUGCUAACUGCUCAAGCUACUCCUUCUUACCGAAGGGCGACGAGAUUGCAUUGAAGUCAGCUCUAACCAGUAUUGGCCCGAUCUCGGUAGCAAUUGAUGCGUCCAGGCCCAAGUUUGUCUUUUACCGUCAUGGAGUUUACAGAGACCACACAUGCACCCACAAUGUGAACCACGGAGUGCUGGUUGUGGGCUAUGGCACCGAGAGGGGAUACGACUACUGGCUAGUUAAAAACAGUUGGGGUGUAAACUAUGGAGAUGAAGGCUACGUCAAGAUGGCCCGGAACAGACACAACCAGUGUGGGAUCGCUCUCUAUGCUUGUUUCCCCAUCAUUUGAUCAGCAGAUAUUUGAAUGUACGUUUCUCAACAGUGGUUGGGACAUUAUUUAAUAAACAUGUUUACCCUUAAC